AUGCAGUCCUCACCCUCCACUCAACAAUUAGACACGAAGACAGUGAAUCCCAAGUCCAGAGGAUACGAUAUACAUCCCGACACAAGCAGCCCCACCGAAACCGCCCAGCGGAUCCGCAUCAUCGUCAAUAGGCACCUCACUGACCUUGAUAAAGUCGCCGCCGAGCUCGCGCCGAGCUUUGGCCUCGGUUCCGACUUGCUCGCCCAACAACGCGCACAAUUUCUCUUCGCCUACCCCGGACUACAUAGAGCCUUCGAUGAGUUCGACAAUCGGUACAUCGCUGGCGGCUAUGAUCUCCCACUGCCGGAAUGGCAUUUAGUCCUGCCGCUUGUACACAAGCACGUGGAUAAUCCCAAGUGGGCCCGGCUGGUGUACCCGGAUUACCGCCGGUGGGACGUGAAUAGUCACUAUGCGCGGUUCAUUGAACGGGUAAUGAGUGAGAUUCACGAUCGAACGGAGAAGAAACGAUGUAACCUGGUAUUUUGGGUCCGAACGGCGGGGCGGGAUGAUGCGUAUUGGGUGCUGUUUCAUGCGCUGAUGUAUUUACACUUGGCCAGGAUGCUGGAUAACCAGCGGAACUCACCCCUGAAGGAAAGAAUUAAGCGACUACUGAGUCAUUGA